CUCUAUAUUUCAGUUGGCACGUCACUCGCUCACUCACUCACCCAUCUUUAACCCUUUAUCAGACCAACACACACACACACACACACACACACGGGUUGGUGGUAGAAGGAGUCCACCACCACCACCCAACACCACCACCAGCAUCACCUCCACCACCACCAUGGACGCCGCUGUCAACUCCACCGUCGCCGCCGUGGCCUCCAACGCCACGGACCAAACCACCAACGUCGACUUGAGCUACAGAGUGCGGGCAACCUUCUACGCCUUGUCCCUGGACGAAACUUUCAUAGAACACCCCAAGAAUGUGCCCAAUAUCGUACUUGAGACCGUGCCCAUUAUGGUGAUCAUGACUCUGUUGGAGCUGAUCGUCCUGAGAUCCCGCGGCAUGGGCGACAGGUUCCGGCUGCACAACGCCGCCAUCAACUUCGCUACGGGGGUGCUCAACGAGGCGGCCAGGGUGUUCAUCUUCCGCGGGGCUGAGUUCGCGGCCUACAUUUGGGUCUACAACAACCUGCGCAUCACGGAGCUCUCCUGGAACUCCCCGUGGACCUACUUCUUUGCCAUCCUGAGCGUUGACUUUUGCAACUAUUGGUGGCACAGGUGUUGUCACGAGCUCUCGUUCAUGUGGGCGGCUCACUACGUUCACCACAGCUCCGAGGACUUGAACGCAUCGGUGGGCGCCAGGAUUUCAGUCACCAUGAGGCCGUUCAAGUGGAUGUACUUCAUUCCCCUCGCGGUGGUCGGCCUGCCCCCCUCCACCUUCCUAGUCCAUAGUCAGCUGGGCUUCGUGUGGGCCUUCUGGGUGCACAACGAGGCGUGGCCCAAGACGCAGAAAAUCAUCCCUGUCUUCGGCCACAUUAUCGAGUUCGUCAUGUCCACGCCCAGCCACCACCGCGUUCACCAUGCCGUGAACAAGUACUGCAUCGACAAGAACUACGGCACGACGCUCAUCAUCUGGGACCGUCUGUUUGGCACCUUCGUGGAGGAGCGGGAGGACGAGGAGCUCACCUACGGCACCAUCUCGCAGAAGGACAACAACCACAUCGUUGGCCUACAGGCUGACCCGUGGCGUGACCUCUGGGGCCGCAUAUGCUCGGUGGACAGCCUCUUCGACAAGAUCAAGACCAUCUUCUACGGGCCCGGCUGGGUGAAGGGCAAGCCCCGACUCGGCGACCUCGAUGACCUGCCGGAGCGGAUCGUGAGGAAGAAGCACCAGUACGACGCUCCCUGGUGGAUUAAUCUGUACCUCUCCCUCCACUGCUUGUUCGUCCUCAUUAUGUACUUCGACGCCGGCGGGAGAGUCGUGCACCUCAGUCAAGCGGUGAGGCUGAUCUCUCUCGUCUACAUCUUCGUCUCGUACGCUGGGCUCGGCGGGCUGUACACGACCCACCUUGGCUCCAUGUGGAUUGAGCCCGUUCGUCUCCUCGUCUCCGUGCCCAUGUUCCUCCUUCUGCCGAUCUUUGCCUCCGAGCGCCUCGCCAUGGCCAUGACCACGAUUAAUCUGCUAAGUCUCCUGCUCUGGCCCGCCCUUAGAAGCCAGGUGUUGUCGCAGGGGAAGAAGGUGGAGUAGAGAGAGAGGUGGACAGGUGGGGAAGGAAUAUAAGAAAGGGAAGGAAAGGAAGAGAAAGUUAAGGAAAUGGGGGUAAAGGGAGGGGAGAGAAGAGAAAUUGAAGGAAAGGUAAACGAGAAAGGGAAGGAAGGGUGGAGAAAUGGAGGGGAAGGAGAGAAAAGGAAGGUGGAGUAGAGAGGGAAAUGGACAAAGGGGAAGAUGGAAUGCAGGGAAAAGGAGAGAGAGGAAGAGGAAAGAAAGAUGGAUUAAGGAGAAGAGUGGAGAAAGGGUUGGAAAAGUGGAGUUAGGAGAAUAAAUAAACAGAAAUGGGGAUAAAGGGAAGAAAGGGAGGAGAAAGUGAAGGAAAGAAAGGGAAAAUGAAUGGAUAGGUGGAGAAGGGAUUGAAAGGUGGAGUGAGAAGGAAAGAGAAGGAAAGGUGGAUGAGAAAAAGAAGGAAAGGUGGGAAAAGGGGAAGGAACGGAGGAAAAAUUGAAGGAAAGGAAGGGAAAAGGGGAAAUUGAAGAGAAAAAGGAUGAAAGAGUGACGAUACCGGGUAACUCUUGCAAUAUAAUGUUGGACAGAAUAGGGAUGAAAGAGUGACGAUACCGGGUAACUUGCAAUAUGAAGUUGGACAGAAUAGGGAUGAAAGAGUGACGAUACUGGCCAACUCUUACAUUAGGGAGUUGAACCGAGUAGAGAUGAAAGAGUGGCGAUACUGAGUAACUCUUGCAUUAGGAAGUUGGACAAAACAGGAAUGAAAGAGAGACGAUACUGGUUAACUCUUGCAAGGAUGAAAAAGUGACGAUAUUGAUUGACCCUUGCAUUAGGAAGCUGAAGAGAAUAAGGCUGAAAGAGUGACGAUGCUGGCUAACUCUUGCUAUAGGAAGUUGGACAGAAUAGGAUGAAAGAAUGAAGAUACCAGUUGAUUCUUUCAUUACCAUGUCGAUAGCAUAAGUUUAAUGACAUGUCUGCUGGCUUCGCUUUGAACGAUAUAACGAUGCAUGUAAUGUAUUGCUGAUGUAUAUAUGAAUGUAUUGUUAAUUAGUAUUACUUUGUACAGGAGCUUCAAAGUUAGUCUAUAGAUAAUGACUCGUGCUGUAUUUUUUUUUUCAGUACCGUACAAGUAGUAUUAGUUUUGUUCUUGUUAUUUUUAUCAUUAUUAUUGUCAUUAUUGUUUUUAUUUUCAUAAUUUUUAUCAUUUUGUACUCUUUAUUACUAUUAUUAUUAUUAUUAUUAUUAUUAUUAUUAUUAUUAUUAUUAUUAUUAUUAUUAUUAUUAUUAUUAUUAUUAUUAUUAUUAUUAUUAUUAUUAUUUUAUUACUAUUAUUACUAUUUUUACUCUCAUUAUUAUCAUUAUUAUCACUGACUUGAGCUCUGACCGCAUCAUAUCGAUGAACAAAAAAAACAAGUAUCCAUAUCUUUUUACUAGUCUGAUUGUUUUGACGUUUUACUAUCUUAAGUGUCAUCCUCUUCCUCUUCUUUUCCCCGUGAUAAAGAGAAGAGAAGGAGGAGGAGGAGGAGGAGCUGAAGGAGGUGGAAGGUUUCAAUUAAAAAAAAAGACCUGCA